UGAGAAGAUAUGUAAAACAUCCUCUAAUGGUCAGAAAUCAAUUGGUUCAUCUGGAAGCAUAAGUGUUGCAAAUGACUUUUUAGUCAAGCAUUCGUUUUCCAAUUUCCGUGAUAUUACGUUGUUGGAAAAGCCUUAUGAGGUCAUAGUUCUUGGUACGGUGAUGGGUGUUGAUGAUAAAGAUGACUGGUGUUACCUCGGAUGUGAAGAGUGCAAUCGAAAGGCGGAAACAACUUUGGUCAUUGAGGAGGCUGAAGACGGUGCUGAGGAACCCAAGUUUAAACAGGUUUUGGUUUGCUCAUAUCCUCAAUGUCCUAAAGAGGUUUGUCAGUGCGACACCAAUUUUUAGGAUUCCGAUCAGAGUACAAGAUUCUGCAGCUAUUGCCUCUUUGACUUUGUUUGACCAUGAAGCCAGAAAAAUGUUGGGAAUGACUGCAAUUCAGUUGCUUGAGAAGUCAAAACAGGAACAUGCAUCUUCGUAAGAGAAAACCAUUCCCUAUCAGUUUAAAGCUUUGAAUGAUAAAAAGUAUGCUUUCAAGAUUCAAGUUGGUCAAUUCAAUAUUGACAACCAUACUGAUGGUUAUGCUGUUCAUAAGUUGGUGAAUGAUCCAGCAAUAAUUGAAU